GUAAACGUGAAGCAAUAAUCAAGGGAACUCCAAGAAAAUAUGCAGAAAUAUAUACAGCAUGUUGGCAAGGAAACCCAGAUCUCCGCCCCCAUCUUCAUCAAGUUAUGCAGGAUUUGGACAAUGUUGAUGUAAAUAAUACUAUUGAAGAUAUUGUUAAUUUAACAGAUCAAACUAAAUAA